GCUACAGACAGCUCAUAUCAAGGAAGUAAACACUGGGAUUUUACGGCUUCACUAUAAUACAUGGUUUUAUUUUAAUUGCGUCGGGAUUGUCGAUGCCAUUCCAGUUUCUGGUGUGACAAGAUGAGGCGUGUAUGCUGUGUUUUCUUCCUCUAUGCCCUGUCCGUUGUGAUUCCCGACUGCGAGGGCUCGGUACCCCCAGGGUUUCACAGUCGUGUCACGAGUAAGGGAUUUAACUAUGCUGCCCAGGUAGCUGUCGAUGUCCUGUCCACAACUAUCACCAAGCAGAAAAUCCCUGACGUAGAUGGCAGUGGACACAACCUGAAGUACUCCCUCAGUAACAUCAAAAUCACAGGAUUCGACAAACCCCAGAGUACUGUGGUGCCUCGGCCCGGGUCCGGAUUAACCUGGUCUGCCCGAGGGCUCGGCCUCUCCAUACAUGCCGAUUUCAAGUAUAAGUACAAGAAGAUCAUCUCCAUUAGCGGUCAUGGAAGUGUGGAUGUGUCUAUUAGGGAUACGACAUUCAGCCUGUCCGUUGGCAUGGGUGAGGACUCAGGCGGACGACCCUCUAUCAAGUCUACAGGCUGUAAAUGUGACGUAGGACACCUUUCCAUAAAGUUCCAUGGAGGAGCUUCAUGGCUGUACAACCUGCUCACAGGGCUGUUUAAAGGGGACAUCACGAGACAGGUACAGAGGAUCAUCUGCUCCUCCGCCCAAGGUGCCGUGGACAAGAACGCUGAAUCCUCACUCAGUAAGCUGCCUGUGACUGUGACGAUUGACCACAAGUUUAUGCUGGACUACCGCCUCUUGACCGCCCCUGUCUUCUCUUCUGCCGCUAUGGACAUCAUGCAUAAGGGUGAGGUUUACUGGUCGGACGCUGUACAGGAAGCCCCAUUCCCGGCCCCACCCAUCCCACCCAUCACUAACGUCAGCAGAAUGAUCUAUUUCCUUGGUUCUGAGUAUCUAGUCAACACCAUGGCUUAUGUGGCCAACAAACAUGGAGUCCUGAAGACGAAUGUAACAGACAAAGACUUGCCUGCUGACAAACGAGGUUUCCUUAAUACGACAUGCCAGGGCUUUACUUUGUGUCUGGGCAAGCUCAUCCCCAAGGUUGCAGAACUGUACCCAAACAGUAAAGGAGAAUUGAACAUGGUGUCCACCAGAGCCCCCAAAAUGUCCAUUUCCCCUCAGGCCAUAGCCGUCAGUUUCGGUGGCAAUAUCUCGUUCUUUGCGAGAACGGCUAACAGUAGUCAGUUCUUCAUGUUUUCUGUUGGAGUGGACCUUAACACUACAUUAACUGCGUCUGUGAAGGACGAACUGAUCUUUGGGGAAAUAGAAAAGAUGGCUUUGGGAGUAAAAAUGGGGGAUUCUAAGAUCGGUCCUAUUGACGCCAAACGCCUCCAGGAGCUCCUCAAUGGCGCCAUUUUGAUCUACGUCAAGCCCCAGCUGAACAAAUUAGGUGCCAAAGGGUUUCCGCUUCCAGUCACCGGUCGGGUAAAAUUCGUCAAUACUCAAUUAUCAUUGGCUCAAAACGCCCUAAUCCUGGGUACGGAUCUGAAGUAUUCUCCUAAAGAGGAGGCUCUCCAGGGGCACAACGACUUCCGGGUAAUCACAGGCCGGGAGACAUUCAAGAAUCAUCAGCUCUAGUAACCAAAGGGACAUAUUGUUUCUGACUGAUCUUCUUUCAACAUGCUUAUUUCAUAUUUUUAUUUACGGUUGAGUUUUAUCAUACAGUUUGCAUUUAUAUUCUUGUACAGAAAUCCAUCGGGGUUUCAUUGUCAUCCCCUGACAUUGUGGUCACUGAUCUUCAUCACACAAUUAUACCCUCUAGUGGAUCUAGGGAGAGUAAAUCAGCACUGAUUAAAUUUUUACGCCAGCUCUCUGCAUGCAUAAAGCCGGGGACACACUGGAUUCAGAAAUUUUCUGAAUUUCUGCAAAUGCGCCUAGUGUGUCCGUGCUGGCGACGGUGUAUUUCGCAGGCGAUGUUGCCCUCCCCGAAAUUCACUUGUAUCAAACAUGUCAGAUAAUAGCGAGGAAAUACGCCGGCGAUUUCCGAAGUGUGUCCGCUCGAGCGAAUUUCGGUGAUCGAGACGAUUGAGCUGACAAAUCAAACAACACCAAAUCGUGUUGAGAUUUUGUUGUGUCGCAUUGUUUGCUACAGGUGACAUUACAUAACCUAAUCACCACGAUCAAUGGGAAAAUCCGCCUAGUGUGUCCGCAACUAUGCUGCGAAUACCGUCGGCGUAUUUUGCGGGGGAUUAAGUUCAUCCCUACGAGCGAAAAAAAAUCCGCCUGGUGUGUCCCCGACUUAAAGUAUGAUUUCAUAUGUACACUACUGUAUGCCUUAUAUCUCAACAACUGGGCUGGAUUGUCCCAUAAACUUUUUGAAUGUCAAUUCUUGUACAAGUUUGCAAAGCAGCCUGACAUUCGACCCUUCUUUGCGUCUGUGAUUUUACUGAUUGAUGGUUAUAGACUGAUUUGAAUAUAUGGACCUAUUUGUUGUAUUGAAGGUCCUAGUGAAAGCUUUAUCAAUUGUUUGAUAUAAAAUGAAAAUGGAAAAUAAUGUUUUGUAAAUACCCACUUCAGAUCAUCACAUUUUGUUACAUACAUCUAUAUGCUUAAAUCCUUUUUUUAUUUUCUAUACAAAAUGUAUUAGCCUCAAGUUUUGACUCCAGGAAAACUGUACAAAUAAAGGCCAUAUAUUUACAAAUAUA